CAGCGCAGUGUGGGAAACACCUCCCUCCGCCUCUCGGAUGGGGCGGACAGACUUGCUGCAGUCGGAGCACCCUUCAACUUUCCCCCCAAACAGUGCACAAAGUGUCCGGCGUCGUGCCGUGCUGCGGCUGUAACGCAUCUCGGAUAUCUGCUCCGCGCCCCCCCACCCCCCGCGCUCCCGCGUCAUGGCUCCGUUCGGGAAAAACUUCCUGAAAGCUCGACAGAAAAACAGGACAAAAGAGGCCGAGCCAGUGGAAGGGAAGGAGAUCCAGGUGACGGUCGCCAACGAGGACAAGGUUGUCUGUGGAGUGACGAAGCACACCACGUGUGCAGAUUUGAUUCAGGCGUUACUGGAUGAUCACAAGUCCGUCCCGGAGAGCAAGCGCCUCCUGCACGGGGACGCCAAGGACUUCUGUCUCGUUGAGCAGUGGAAGGGUUUCGAGAGAGCCUUGCCUCCUCUCACCAGGAUCCUGAGACUCUGGAACGCCUGGGGCGACCAGAGACCCAACAUCCAGUUCACUCUCGUCAAAACCAACGAUUUUGUGCCUCAGCCCGCUAAGAAGGGUGCAAAGUCCAGGGGGGCCAAGCCAAAGCGAUGGGAGCACGGUCGCGCUGCGUCCACCCAGCCUCUGCCGGUGGAGCGGCAGAAGCGAGUGGUUAAGAAAGCUUUCCGGAAGCUCGAAAAGCUGCACAAGGAGAGCAGCAGCGCAGCGGGUGCGGACGAGAUCGACCGGAUGGUGCAGCUCAUCCUCAACCAGGACCACGCCAUCCAGGACCAGAUUCGACGCAUGAGGGAGCUGGACUUGGACAUCGAGGAGUUUGAGGUGCAAAUGCAGAACGAAGCGGAGCUUCAGGCGCGUGCUCGCGGUUUGGGGGCGCACAGCGACGAGCAGCUGCAGGAGUACCUGCACACCAGCGACGGGGUCGAACAGCUCGAGCUGCAGGUCCAGAGGCACCGGGAGCUGAUCCGCAGGCUGUCCCGGGACAUCGAUGCCGAGCUUAGGGCCAACUUCCCCCAGAGCCAUUACGAGGGAGGCGAACAGGAAGGAGCCGCGGCCGCUUCCUGGAUCGACUCGGAGCCGGACGGGUCGCUCUGCGCCGCCGAUCUGGAGGGGCUGCGAGAUGAGGUGAAGCGCAGCCUCUUCGCCGGCGUGUCCCUCCACAGCCAAGCUGCAGAAGUGGAGAAGCAGCUGAAGCACUAUGAAGCGACGCUGGUCUCCAAGGAUCAGGAGUGCUGGCAGCUGGCCGCCCAGCUGAGUUUGUUGCAGGUCGGGGACGGAGGAGGAGCGGAGGGGUCCGGCCCCGUCCUGCCGAAGAGCGAGACCCGGUGCGGCGUCUCGCAGGCGGUGAAACUCACACCGUCCCCUGCAGACGUCACGGACACAGACUCAGACACCGGGAUCAGCUCCACACACAGUCAGGACUCGCUGUCACCGUGUCUCGACUUCCCUCUCCCGCUGGACACAGACGUCUGAGCGACCCGCCUGAACCUGCAGUUUAGCGUUCUUGACUUUACAGGCGAUCGUUAAUAAGAGCUGAAAAAAUUAGUUUUUUAGUUUUUUAGUUUAUUAAGAGCAAUGAGAGAGAUGAUGGAUAACUUUCAGUUAUAAUAUAUAUAUAUAAUUUCAGAUUUUGUUUAAAGAAACUGGUAAAACAAGCUGUGGUUUCAGCUUUCCAAGUCAAAUACGACGUAGUACAUGAUGUGAAAUUUGUACAACAUUUACAGUAUAUAAAUCAAGCAGGUGUAUUUAUCCCAAAUUUGAAUUUCAUUUCAUUAUUUAUUUGUUCAUUUUUUUAAAGCAAUGAUUUGUUCAAUGAAAAAGUCAUUCUUUUUAAUCCAGAUUUUUCAAAAAGCUGCAAAUGUUGUCUGUGACUCCAGUGUAACACAUACAAGGCACAAAGCUCCAGUUAUGUGUAAACCAAAUACACACAUAUAUACAAUGUAAAAUAAUUACCAGUGACUUAAACUGUUGUUGUUUCAUUUCUUAAUAAUGGUCAAUGCUUCAUUUCAUGUACUUGUACUUCUUUGAACACACUUAAGUCUAUUAACACUAUUGUUUUAUAUUAAAACAGAUAGUUUGAGAAGUGUUUUGGAUGUAGAGUUAAAGCUUUGUUUGAAAUGUAACAUUCCUCUCGACUACGCUGUAAAUAUGCUGCUAAAGCCCCUCUAGAUGAUUGUUCUUAUGACACAGGCACCAUUUCUAAAGAUAUUACAGAUAUAACAUUUAUUUAUCACGUCAUCGUAUUUUCUGAUGAGAUUCUAUCAUGACUGAUACAAUAAUCUCCACCUGCUACAGAUCCAACACGCGUGUGCCUUUCGUAAUAAACACUAAUACUUUAACCGUCACGGAGUAAUCCCUCA